CCAAGAAAUAUGGAUCAGUGUUCACCUUCUAUGUGGGACCCAAGAAAGUGGUGGUCUUGGCAGGAUACAAGACAGUGAAGGAGGCGCUUGUAAACUAUGCUGAAGAGUUUGGAGAAAGAGAUCCAAUGCUGAUUGUGCAAGAAAGUAGUCAAGGACAUGGAGUUUUGUGGUCCAAUGGGGAUUCAUGGAAAGAAAUGAGGCGCUUUGCUUUGAUCAACCUGAGAAAUUAUGGAAUGGGCAAAAAGGCAUGUGAGGACAAAAUAAUUGAGGAAAGUCACUACCUGACUGAAGUGAUUGAGAAAUUCAAAGGAGAAGCCUUCGAUACAACCAAACCAAUGAACUAUGCAGUCUCUAAUAUAAUCUGCUCCAUGGUCUAUGGCAGCAGAUUUGAAUACGAUGAUCCAGAAUUCACAUCCAUAGUAGAUCGAAAUAACAGAAACAUUCAACUUGCUGGCUCUCCAGCGAUACAGUUAUACAACCUGUUCCCAUGGAUCGGUAAAUGGAUUUCUGACAGGAAGGAAUUCCACAAAUUGGCUGAUGCCAAUAAGAAACAGAACUUGGAGCUGUUCAGUCGUCUGAAAGAGACCCUCAAUCCACAGAUGUGCAGGGGCCUUGUGGAUUCCUUUCUGGUUCACAAGCAACAUCUGGAGUCCUACAGUUCUGUCUCCCUGUUUGGGGCUGUAAUGGUUCUGCUGCUUGUUUGCCUCGUGUCCACGUCCAGCUUCAUCUUCCAGGAAGAUAAGAAGGAACCUCCAGGCCCCAGACCGCUUCCUGUGCUUGGGAACCUGCUGCAGCUGGACCUCAAGAGACCCUACAACACAUUUCUGGAGUUUUCCAAGAAAUAUGGAUCAGUGUUCACCUUCUAUGUGGGACCCAAGAAAGUGGUGGUCUUGGCAGGAUACAAGACAGUGAAGGAGGCGCUUGUAAACUAUGCUGAAGAGUUUGGAGAAAGAGAUCCAAUGCUGAUUGUGCAAGAAAGUAGUCAAGGACAUGGAGUUUUGUGGUCCAAUGGGGAUUCAUGGAAAGAAAUGAGGCGCUUUGCUUUGAUCAACCUGAGAAAUUAUGGAAUGGGCAAAAAGGCAUGUGAGGACAAAAUCAUUGAGGAAAGUCACUACCUGACUGAAGUGAUUGAGAAAUUCAAAGGUAAAAGCCUUGAUACAACCAAACCAAUGAACUAUGCAGUCUCUAAUAUAAUCUGCUCCAUGGUCUAUGGCAGCAGAUUUGAAUACGAUGAUCCAGAAUUCACAUCCAUAGUAGAUCGAAAUAACAGAAACAUUCAACUUGCUGGCUCUCCAGCGAUACAGUUAUACAACCUGUUCCCAUGGAUCGGUAAAUGGAUUUCUGACAGGAAGGAAUUCCACAAAUUGGCUGAUGCCAAUAAGAAACAGAACUUGGAGCUGUUCAGUCGUCUGAAAGAGACCCUCAAUCCACAGAUGUGCAGGGGCCUUGUGGAUUCCUUUCUGGUUCACAAGCAACAUCUGGAGGACUCUGAAAUUUACAACAGUCACUUCCACAAUGAAAACCUUGUGAUGACAGUGAAUAAUUUGUUUGGUGCCGGCACUGAUACAACUUCAUCUACACUCAGAUGGACACUCCUGCUUAUGGCUAAAUAUCCAACAAUACAGGACCAGGUCCGGGAGGAGCUGAGCAGGGUGAUAGGAAGUCGUCAGGUGCAGGUUGAAGACAGGAAAAACCUGCCCUUCACCGACGCUGUCAUCCAUGAGACACAGAGACUGGCCAACAUCGUCCCCUUGUCAGUUCCACACAGAACCAGCCAAGACGUCACCUUCCAGGGUCACUUCAUUAAGAAGGGGACCACGGUGUAUCCUCUGUUGACGUCUGUCCUGUACGACGAGACUGAGUGGGAGAGACCUCACACCUUUUAUCCUGCCCACUUCCUGGACAAAGAUGGAAAUUUUGUCAAGCGAGACGCCUUCAUGGCUUUUUCUGCAGGUCGCAGGGUUUGUAUCGGAGAGAGUCUGGCCAGGAUGGAGCUCUUCAUCUUCUUCACCACCCUCCUGCAGCACUUUCGUUUCUCUCCUCCACCUGGAGUUUCAGAGGACGAUCUGGAUCUGACUCCUCGUUUGGGCUCCUCCCUCGUCCCUUCACCCCCUAAAAUGUGCGCUGUCUCCCUAAUGUGAGGACGAGGAGGGCAGUGAAAUACUCCAUCACACACACACGUGUGAUUUUUGAAUUUUUCUGUGUAAUAUUUUUCACAGAUU